AUGAAGGUCCUUCUUUCUCUCCUUGCAAGCACUGGACUUGCCAGUGCCGCUCUUUUCGGCUCACCAACUACCCAUACCAAGCGUGAUAGCUGGGGAGGUAGCGUCUCCUUGGGCCCGUCCAAGUCGACGAUUAUCAACGCCGUUACCACCAUCGUCCCCGGUGCUGCUCCUUCCACUCAAAAUGGGGAGCUGUUCCUUUGGCCAGGCAUGUCCAACGGCACUGGAGACUUGAUCCAGACUACCUUGGAAAGCUGGCCUGAUAACUCAUGGUGUGGCGCCGCUACUGGUCAAUGGUGUGUCCGAGCCAGUGUGUUCGGAUAUUUCGGCCAGCUUGAUGGCACUGCAAGUCCUGUCAGCGGAACUGACAAAGUUCGGAUUGAAUACAAUCUGGAGAGUGAUGGACAAACCUGGAAGCAGACUGUCACCAACGCCGAGACUGGGGCUCUCCUUUCUACCUAUUCACGUGCUUCUGGCCCAUACAUGACCGGCUAUGGUACCGGAACCGAGUGCGACAGUGACUGCACCGGCACUAUCGCUGCACAGAAGUACCUCAACACGACCAUCACCCUGGCUUCUGCCGAUACCACGUUCGGUAGCACCAUUGCUACUGCCCAGAGUGCUACCUACACUGGACUUAAGUCGAGGCAAAAUGGUAAGGUCUGGGUCAUUGACACUAUCAACAUCCCCUCCAUGUCUUAG